AUGGCGCCGCGCAUCAACGCAUCCACGGGCAAGCUCGAAGUCAAGGGAAAGGUGCUCGAGGUCAAUGGUACGUCCUCCCUUCCUGCGCUUUGCUCGGCGCCGAGCUCGUUGCUGGUCGUCUCCCCUUCCUCCGUCCCCUCUCCCCGUCUGUCUCGUCAAAGUCGCUGACCGGAAUCGGGCUAUGGUAUGUUGCAGACCACGUCCUCGUUUCCGCGCCAUGGCUCGAUCGAGAGGGAGAACCUUAUCUCGUCGCACGUAUCCUCGAAGUGCUACCCCCCGUGGUCAGCUCGGGAUCAUCGACGCCAACCCAAGGGUCCUCGUCCAAGCGACCCGUGUCGACCAAGGUGUCCAACACGGUCCCCCGCGUCCGAGUCAACUACUAUCUCCGGUCGAGGGAUAUCACGAGCAGGUGAGAAUCAUCGGGCCGUACCAAGCCUAUCGCAUCUGGUCUUUCCUAUCCAUAGAGCUGACACUUGCUUCUGCGACACGCUCCUCGUCCUCGAUGGUCAUCUCUCCGAUCCUGGUCAUUCCCCGCGGCUAUUCCGGGGUUUCAAAAGAUACGUCGCCGACUUUCGACUAGUCGUAGCCACGAUGCAUGCCGACGUCAUUCCGAUCGCCUACAUUCGACACGUUUGCACCGUGCAGCACAAGGAACACAUUGCCGACAUGCGUGCCUUCAAAGCGCUGCCCGAUGCUUUCUACUGGUCUCAGGUGGGUUUCAUUCGAACGACCAUCAAGCCGCGGUUUUUCUGAAAUCCCUGGACUAACCUUUCAUCUCCUUUUGAAAGGUGUACGAUCGCUACCUGCACCGUUACUUUGACGCGGUCCCGGUGGACAAGGUCCAAAACGCUCCUCGUUAGUUCUACAGUGUGCCGCCACAGGGAUCGAGUCUAACGUUUCAGUGAUCUUACUCGACUGUGACACUCAUACACAGCCGAAGUUGUCAAACAUCUGACGACACAUUUCGAGUUCAUCCUCUGCGAACCGUCCAUGACGAACGAACUUUGCGACGCCCAGCGCGGCUGUUCAAAAUGCUCAAAAUGGGCGGCGAGGUGCGAGACCCUCUCCUAUCCGCCAUUGAGGCCACAUCACGUCGAAACGGUGCUGAUCUCCCGUCCUUUCCCCUUGAACCACGAUACCAUAGCUCGGAUUCGGUCAUUUGUGCUCGAUGCGCCAAGGUCUUUCAUCUCGGCUGCGUCGACCCCCCCUUGGCGCAAAAACCUAAAGCCGGCUGGGCGUGGGCGUGCGCGCCCUGUGCUCGCGCGCAUCAGGUCGAGGUCGAUGCUUACAUGGAGACCGGGAUCGCUCCGACACGACAUGCCGCUAUCGCUCCAAAACCCCACAAACCCAAUGGGAAAGGGUCUAGCGUUCCUGACUCGUCCUCGAAGGAUGCCCUCAAGGGUGGGACCAAGCUCGCCACUGCGAAGGGGUCGGAAUGCUCUGCCGAAUCGGCCGCAAGUGCACAGGACAAAGGGAAAGGCAAAGAAGUGGAUUUGGGUCAGUGCAGAAUGAUCUGAUAGCUUUCAUGCCAUGGUAUGCUCUCAUCUUCUGACCAUUCGUUGCAUUCUUAUGCGUGACAGGCAAGCGGGGUCCUUAUGCCGAGUCACGUCAGUGGCGUAUGCUCAAUGGUUGGCCUUUCCGCUAUUACGGCAUGCACACUCCUUCGAACUCGGUUCUCGAUCCCCACGAUUCCAUUUAUCCGCGCACCGGAACUCGACUCGGACAUCGUUACCAGAUCACGAUUCCGGCAUGGGACUACGCAAAAGCUGAGCCCGAGGCUCCGGCACCCAUGUUCGGAGCGGUCGCUUCCAAGCCUCGACGCAAGGUCGAUGGCUCGACGUCGGCACUACCCAAGAUCAAGAAGAAGCUCUUGAACAUGCAAACAAUUCGUAGGGGAGAGGUCGAUGAAUUGGCUGGCGUUAUCGCCGAUCCCAAGCUCGGGAUCGAUGACGACUUGCUUGACGAAGUGGUGGAGGAGGUCAAGCGAAUGAUCUUGUACCGACAUGCAGGCGUCGAUGCGCUGAAUCGAGUCUUAUCCCUUCUCGUCUCGGACGAAAAGCACGAGGUCGCGACUGCCCUUGACGCGAUGCGUAAGCUCACCCAAAACGAUCUCGGGUUCCCACCCUGGACCGAAGCCGAUCGCAAGAAGUUGUCCGACGGUGUCCAGAAACAUCUCAACGACAUUGAAGAAAUUCGCAAGAGUCUUCUACCGAACAAGAAGAUGCGUGACGUUGUCAAGCGAUACUACAUCCACAUGGGCCAUUUGGUGCAAGAGGACAUCCCCACUCAGAUGGACGAGAAGGCGAUGGCGGCUUCGGCGGCGAGCCCGGAGAAGAAGAAGAAGAAGAGCUCGGCCAAGAAUGGUGGGCGGGUCGCGUCGGGCCAGGAUUCUUCGAAUGCGAAUGAUAGCGAUGGCGAGUCCGUCGUCGAUGCUCCCAAGUCCGUCGUCGUAGGCAAGAAGGAAUGGACGUGCUCCAUUUGCGAUAUCACCAAGACCCCCAAGUGGUAUCUCUGCCCUGACACGCUCAACGAUGAUCUCGUCACACCCGAGCCUUGCGUCAUGUGUGAGGAAUGUGGUAUUCGCUGGCGACAUUGUGAGUCGAUGACUCUGUACCGUGCUGAGUCUGACCUUUGGCUGACAGUCUCGAGUAAUCGCAUUUACAGACGGUAUUCAGUUUGCACCGACCGACACGGACGAUCUCGCCAAGACGGCGCCGUUACCCGACGGCAUUGCCCACAACCUCCGAGACUUCAAGAGCAAGAAAUCGACCGACGCGACGGCGACGGCGACGGCGACGGCGACUGCGGCCCAGGCGGGACCAAAGGCGGGAGCAGGAGCGACCACGGGUGCGGUCGUUCCGGCGAAGGCGGCGGCGGCAAGUGGAUCCCACGAGCCUAUAUGGCGACCGUGUCUGCUGUGCAAGCGGGUUCCACCGAUGCGCGAGCAUGCGAGCUGCCUCAAUUGUGGCAUGACUGUUCACGUCUCGUGCUACGGCAUCAACGGGCUCAACUUCCCCAACCUCAAAAAGUGGAUUUGUGAUCUGUGCGAUAUUGAGGAGGGGAAGAAAGAGUCACUCAAAGUUGUGAGUGGAAUGGGAUCGUUCUCAUGGGGAGCACCUCGUUGACCUCAGACGAAUCGCUUUGCCUCGCAGCGCCAACCCUUGUGCUUGCUCUGCCCGCCUCGCACCGUCCAAAAAUCGAAAAGGUUCACCGCGCUCGACUGCAUGAAGUUGACCGAGUUUGACAACUAUAUUCACUUGCUUUGUGCGGUGUGGCACCCCGAGAUCAAGUUAACUGUGCCCUCUGAUCUGGGCGAUGCCGAAGGGCUUUCCUUGAUCCCUUCCAAGCGACGAUUGGCUGUGAGUUGGCACAUGCUUAACUUACAUUGCGGAGAUGAGAAUGCUGAUGCUGUUGUGUUCUGGUUAUAAAGACGUGUGUUCUCUGCAAGAAGGAUGCGGUCGGCGCAUGCGUCAAGUGCGCCCAGUGUCCGAAGAUGUUCCACGUUUCGUGCGCCUGGAUCAAGCCCGCCUACCGAUUCGGUUUCGAAGUUCACCCUCUACGCAAGAAGAAGCCUAAAGAGACACCGACAGUCAAGUUCAAAGACGAGGAAGGUGAACUCGUUGCGGUCAUCUGGUGCAACGAGCACUCUGGUGCUACAGCGCCAGAUCAAGUCCUUCACGACAUCUCGGCCCGAGACCCUGCAACGAACCUGACGGCGAUGCAGAUGCAUGCACGCGCCUUCAAGUCCGGUCCUGAUGAUACCUACAUGCUCUUGCGAAGGGCGCGAAGGCUCGAUGCGCUCGUCGAACCGGUGCUCAAUCCGCUCAAGCAGAACCUCCCACGCGUUCCGCCUGGCACCUCUUGGAGUCGCGAUUCGACGCUGUCUCGUACGUCAUUUCUAUCAAAGAAGCAACGAACGCCCAGGAACGUUCACGAACUGACGUUGCGCCCCUCGUUUAACUUUCUGUCUCUAGCUCUACCCGAGUCGCCAUCUCCCAAGAAACUCAGGUUGCACGAGGUGUCUGCUCGACUACUGGACCUCAAACGCAACCGCAGCUCGUCUUCGUCUUCCGAAGAAGAGGUUCACCCCGAGACUCUCGAGCCACCAACGGCCAAACGUGCGAAAGCAGCGUUCGCAUCGGGUUCACCAGAAGCCUCCUCGAACGGCUGGACGGCCUCGACCGGUGCGACGCCUGCGAGAGAUUCACCACACUAUGCCCUCAUGGACGUUGACGAGUCGUCCCAGGAGAUCGAAGAAGAGUGGACCGGAUCGACGACCCCCACGGAUCCCCCUCCGAGUUGGCGAUUCUCCUUCGCGGGACUCAUCGCGAGGUUGAACAAAGCGAGGCGAUUGUCAGGUCUGCCUAUACGAGCGCCCUCGCCACAACCAAGUUCGACGCUGGCCAGCCCCUCACCCGCGCAAGUGUCGCCGAAAUCGAAACGAUCCAUGUCUCCCACGGUUUCUUCGUCUACCCCGAAGAUCAAGGUCAAGCCUAGCGGCAGUGACUUCUCUUCGACGUCCGCUCUCGGCUUUGCUCCGCCUCUCCCGCCGCCGAACCGUGCCGGUAAACUCUCACCGAGUCCCGCUUUGGUGGCGUCGUCCACCAAGAAGCGAUCGGGGCCCGCGGUGGGUCCGAGCAACGGAGGGACUCGCUCAUCUUCCAGCACACCCGCGGCGAAGCCGAAACCGAAGUCUCGCAAGUCGACGAUCCGCAUCGGUCCAUUGCCGGUGUCGAAGGAACGUCCAAGCAGCAAAGCGACGUCACCAGUGGAGUCAAAACUGCCGGCCCGCAAGUCGCAGUUCACGGUGACCCCCUCCUCGACCAUCAAGCGACGGCAGGCCCGUGACAAACAAACCGCCCAAGCCCAAAUGGAUACGCCACCGUCUCCUGUUGUUGGUGGUCGACCCUCUGGCUCUGGGUCUUCGUCGAGCGGUGCUCGUGCUGGCCCCGUCGCCGAGCCAUCGGGGUCGUCCUUGCCGAUUGCAGCUCCAAUUGCCAGCAUCGCCAAUCCUCAGUUUGCAGCGCUUUCGGACCGACCCGCUCCAACUUUGACAGCCGAAACUUCAGACGAGACCGAAGACUCGGAGGACGCGGGAACGCGUCGAUCGAAGCGCAAGCGAGUGAUUUCCGAGGCAGCACGCGACGCCAUCGAGUUCGAGAAGGCGUUAGCAGAACUUGAUCGAGACGAUCCGGAUAUCGAUGUGACGCCGAUGAACGGUUCACGACAUUCGGUGCAUAGGUUAUCGACUGGUGGUUCGACGCGUGGGGCACAUCGUGGAGGUCGCGGUCGUCACUCCGAUGCGGCAGGAACCUCUCGUUCAGCUGCUGCGUCAAAGCAAUCGCGAGGUGCAGAUGACACGGGCGCUGGUUCACCAAAGCGGCGCUCUGCGGUGGAAGACAAGAAAAACCUUGAAGUACAAGCCUCGUCCUCGACUUCGUCAUCGACGCCCUCGGCAUCAUCCGUCACCUCGAAGACGUCAGGCAUCGUUGUUCGGUUCUCAAUCGGUGGCAAGAGAGUAGGAGAUACCGACACAAGUGCGCCUCCUCAUUUCGAGCCGAGGGCGUCAGCAAGUGCGAAGGUGAAGCCACCUCUCGAUGUGGACCAGCGCUUUGAUGACAGUGGUAUGAGUUCAUCGAGCGUCGGUGGACAUGCGACCCUCGUGUCGAAUGGCGUCACCGUGCCAGCAGCACCGAUCCCCCCGUCUCCACCUUUCGCCGCUGCAGCCCAGUCCAACGGCCACGCUGGACUAUCAUCGACUUCGACCGAAAACCCUGCUAUGGUGCCCAAAACACCGAUCAUUACGUGGAACAGAGCCCCUCUGGCUCAGCCAUCGGGCACCGAUCGACAGGCCCUGACCAGUUCCCUACCCGUGGCCACUGCGCAGCCUCGCGCAACCCCUGCCGUCGCCCCAGCCGAGCCGUCGACGGUUCCUCUUGCGACCAAGCCUAACGGAGGAUUCGCGCCGCCGCUUCAGAAGCCGUCAACUGCUGAACUUACGACGGCUUCUCCACACGUCCAGCCAGAAUUUCGGUUGGGCCCCGGACCAAAUCAAGCGGCAUCUUCUUCCCUUCCGGGUCUUCCUAGUUCCUCCGCUACAGCGCCACUCCCAACCUCUGACGCGUUUUCCGCUGAAGUCGCAGUAGUACACCAAGCUAUCAUGACCUCGGCUGUGUAG